AUGAGUGCAAUCCUCUCCGCCGACGACCUCAACGACUUCAUUACGCCCGGCGUUGCCUGCAUCAAGCCCGUCGAGACCCUUCCCACCGUUCCGGAGCCGCAGCCGGCGUCGGCGUCGCUCGAGCACGAGGUCUUUCGUGACGAUGGCCCGACCAACGGCGCCGCCGCAGGGCCCGCCCAGAUCUCGCUGACCGACUGCCUCGCCUGCUCGGGCUGUGUCACGUCCGCCGAGGCCGUCCUCGUCAGCUUGCAGAGCCACGCCGAAGUGCUGCGCGCCCUUGAUGCCGCGCCGGGCCUGCAAAUCGCCUCCUCUUCAUCGCCCACCGCGGUUCACGGCCUCGACGACCCAGCGGGGCCUCUCGUCUACGUCGCUAGCGUCUCCCCGCAGACCCGCGCCAACUUGGCAGCCACCUGCGGGCCCGGCGUGACCGAGCAGCAGGCCGGCUACAUGCUGGAGCACCUGCUGUCUGGGCCCGGUGGUCUGCGGUCGGGCGGUGCGUACAACAACGGCUUUACAUGGGUGGUGGACACGAACGCGGCGCGGGACGCCACGCUUGUAUUGGGCGCCGACGAGGUGCUGGCGCAGCAGAGCGCUGGCACAGCAGGAGGCGCGGCCCGCCCGCUGCUGACGGCGUCGUGUCCCGGCUGGGUCUGCUACGCGGAAAAGACACAUCCACACGUGCUCGGCCACCUCUCCAAGGUCAAGUCGCCGCAGGCACUGACGGGCACGCUGCUCAAGACGACGCUGAGCCGCACCCUGGGCAUUCCGGUCGACCGCAUCUGGCACGUGGCCGUCAUGCCGUGCUUUGACAAGAAACUGGAGGCGAGCCGCGAAGAGCUCAUGGACGGCGCAUGGGACGAACGUGCGAGCCACAAGGGCUCCAAGGGCAUUCGCGACGUGGACUGUGUGAUUACGAGCAAAGAGGUAUUGAUGCUGGCCGAAUCGCGCGGCAUUGAUUUCUUUAGUCUACCAAAAACAAGCCCACCGGCGGGCGGCAACAACAGCGGCCGUGGCCGAAUUCCCUUCCCCGACCCCGUGCUUGACCAGUUUCUCUUCAGUUCCUCCUCGUCGCCUACCUCCCAAAAACGCCGCCACCCGCCGGCGGCGGCAGGCAGCUCUGGCGGCAACCUCCACUUUAUCCUGCAGUCGGUGCUCGCCCAGAACCCGGGCGCGACGCUGCAGACGACCCGCGGCCGCAAUGUCGACGUCGUCGAGUACGCCAUCACAGCAGCCGGUGCCGACCCCACAACCGGCGCACCGCCGCUGUUCAAAGCUGCGCGCUAUUACGGGUUCCGCAACAUCCAAAACCUGGUGCGCCGGCUGCGGCCCGCACGCCCCUCGCGGCUGCCCGGCGGUCGGCCGAUUGGCAGCGCACGCCGCGGUGGUGCAAGCGGUGCGGGGGCGGAGCUGGAUUUCGCGUACGUCGAGGUCAUGGCCUGCCCUGGCGGCUGCACCAACGGCGGCGGACAGAUCAAGGUGGAUGACGACGUCGUUGUGGCGCGGAAGCGGCAGGCAAAUGGCCUCUCCACCGAAGAGGACAGCAGCGAGCCCGCCCCCAAGCCGGUCCCGCUGGAGCAAAAGGCAUGGCUAGCCGAGAUCGACGAGGCAUACUUUUCAGACGAGGAGGAGGCCGCAGAGGCCGAUGCCGUCACAGCGAACGACCUUGUCGACGGCAUUAGCCCCUCGUACGUGCGCUCGGUGCUGGCACACUGGGCGAAGAUCACGGGCAUUGACCUAGCCAAGCUCGCCUACACCACGUACCGUGAGGUGGUCAGCGACGUCGGCAAGUCGACUGCACCCGGCAGCAAGAAAAAGGGCGGCGAUGCCUCGGAGCACGUCGUCCAGCUGGCUGGCAAGAUUGGUGGUGGGUGGUAG